AUGGCCGAAUCCACGUAUAUUUCGGAGCAGCAAAACGCCUCAACGCCCACAACAACCAAACCGUGCCGAGAAGAAGACGGAUUGAUGGCAAUCCCUUACUCAGAGACCGCUGAGUGCGAGCCGCCAGUUCCCAUGGUGCCUUUAAAGAGUCCUCAGCGAACGCCGCGAGAUUGUUCGGAAGAGUCGCCGCCAAUCAGCCCGCCUUCUUCCUCGUCGUCUAUAUAUGCUGGAUCAGCCAUUCCAACAAUACUGGAAAUGCCGCAGUCCGUCGAAGAGCAUUCAUGUGCUCUCCCGUCGUCCAUGCUGCAACCAAUGUCGGCUUCCAUCUACGAAGUCACAUGGGAGGACGUGUUCCCGGUGGAGGAAGUCAUGGAUGAAGUAACAGGAUUGCCAAUCUACAUCGCACCGUGGAUAAUUCGAAGCGAAUCGGAUGAGGAUGAUAAUAGAAGAAUGGAAGACUGGACGCCACCCAUCGUUUCGGCUUCAAUGAAGCGCCAGCCCGCGGACAGUCAAACCGCCAAGAAGCCCGCGCAUAAAUGGAAAAAAGGCCGCGACGUGGAGCCGCUGACAAUUCACCCAAAGAAGAAGCGCAACUUUUGGAUGUCGUUCCGAAGAAGCAAGAAAGCGAUUGCUGCAGCAGUCGCAGGCUCGGUGGCAUCACUGGAGGGCAAUGAAGGUUCUCAAAGGGGCCCCCAAGCCACCCCAGAGCCACAGCGGUCUGUCUCUCAGCUUGGCCGCAAGGGCACUGUUCGUGAGCAUCGUGAGCCCGGUGCUGUCGAUGCCAUCGCCAGUCCAGCCGGAGAGCCCGAUCCUGCACAGAGUCAUCCAAAGUCUCUGGUCGAAGUCAGGCACCCUGUUGUAUCAAUUACUCAAGUCGACGUUCCGACGCCACCAACAACACCGAAGAACGAAGAACUGAAUUCUGUUAUGAGUGCGGAGAUGGGUCACAAGAUCAAUAUUGCCAUACCGGAAGCGAAGUUACUGAAUGACGAAUUGAGAGCCCGAUUCUGUUGUUAG